CCUUGCGCAAGUAGACAUAUAGAAUACUACAGAGUCAUCUUCCUUUUCCUAUGGUGCUGCAUAGUACACUAACCAGCUAAAAAGUUGUGCACAGAACCGUUCUCAGUUUCGUGUUUUUGUUGAAAGGGUACACACAGGCACGGUACUGGAAUAUCACCUGCAUAAGGGAAUUACAAGAACAGAGUUUUCAAUUCUAGAUGACAAAAGAUGCUGCACCCUACUGUCGGUCGAACAGAUGGGCAAGGAAAGCUGAAAUCUAUGCAAAAUUAUCAUUCCAGCGCAUUCGAGGAGCACGAGCCACAGCCUCUUCGUUCAUUUCCAACACCGUGUCCCCGAAGACCUAACGGUAACGCUACAAGUGGAUGGGAUAGUUUUUUGUGACAGUAUUCCUGACCCUGCUGCACGUCUACCAGCGCUGCACGCUUGAGCAUGUUCGAAGUCGAGGAGGAACUAGCACCAGCCUUUGCCGGAAAAUAAGUCGACUCUUCUUUUGUAUGCAAGAACUAAGUAAGUGCAAGCACUGACUUGCUCGACUACUUCGACCACGGCCGACAUCUGAACGUCGAUUCGCUGUUGUUCUGUCACUCCACGGUGGAGCAAGGGCACAAGGAAAAUGGAGGACAUUGAAUAUUCUGCGUAAAGACGUACCGACCCCAUAUUUGUCAUGCAGCUCUGCAUGCGCAGAACCUGAACCAGAAAAAUGUCAUGCGAAGCUCCAUCACCGGAAGCAUCUUCCAAUCGUGCUUGGGCGUUUGUCAUGAUCCAGUCGUGGGAACUGCUGGUCACACAGCUGCACUAGCCACUCACGACAACACUGCGGACUGAAAACUUUUUAAUGGCAACAGCCAAGAAGAAGAAAAUGAAAACUUCUAUGACUUUUCUUUCCAGCGAAAGUCCGAAUUGGACUAUGGGGCGGGGACGUACGUUUUCACACGGUAUAUCGAGUCCGGGCGUGUCUCCGACGAGGACACCACAACCUCUCCGCGCACAUCCGCUCGGAACAUAUGAAACUGAAAAGUGCGCCUACCCCAACGUGCUGCGGGAGUGCUUGUGGUGCGAGAACAGUUCCCAAUGGAAGCGCUUGCCACGACCUUGCAUGUAUCUAUGUGCAUGACAAGUUUGCAAGCCUAAGUGGCGAAAGUCUGUGGUGCGCAGCGCCUCAGCAUUGGCGAGAGCUGUCACUUACAUGAUUGCGUUAGGCUCGCCGACAAGAAGCGUUGCACCCUUUUUACGCUAUACGAAAAGUUUCCGUGUGGAAAGAAAGUUUCCAACACAGACUCCUCGCCGUUUUGGCGGUGGGGCACCACUUCGCUUUUGGAUAAAACACUCACCUUUACCACCAGAACGAGUUCUACUUCACUCGCGAGCCGACGAUUGCCACGUAUGCAAGAAAAAAGGACACACUGUCAUUACAACUUUUUGCUGCAUACGUAUGUAUGCAAAAAAGUUAUCUUCAGUUGUGUUACUGGGUGUGGGUGUGCACCAUCAUAGCAAGCCAGUUGCCAGCAUACGUAUGUUGUCACCUCCUAUGUAUCUGUGCAGGGGAAGCUUUUCUUGGCGUCAUGCCAGACAGAUUUCCACUGCUGUUCUUCUUGCCAAUAGGUUCGACUUGCCGUCUUUUUUUCUUGGAUACCACGCUGGCCGCGACUAUCAUGCUGCUCUACUUCAACCACUACCGCGUCGACCAGUUGGCGACGUGGUUUUUUCUCAGCUCCAGCACGUUUCUGUUUUACGUCUUCACGAAAGUUUCGGAGGGGACGCAGAUUUUCAAGAUACCUACGUCCCCCAGCCCCCCCAGCAACGUAGGCGGGGCCCAAGUAGGUGGUGGGGCCCACGUCCACGCUGCGAACCCGGCGAGAACCACGUCCGGCGGCUCAACCUCGCUCCAUACGCCCCCGCCCGGUGCCGUCCCGAGCGGCGUAGUAAUCAACUCGGCCUCAAAAAACCGACAGAGAUCAAUAUCGAAAGGAAAAAUCCCCCCUCCCCAUUAUCAAAACGGAACUUCUGAUGCUGGAUUUGUGUACACAAAUCAGCUUUGUAUUGCAGGAGGGCACUGCGGCCAGAUCCCUAGCCUAGAUAGGGGCGCUGGGUCUAGUUGCUUAGCAUUACUUACAAACGGCUGCUCCCUACGCGCAACAGCAUGCCAAAUCGCUUCCAUAAUGGCGCGGAAGCCUCUGCGCUUGUCUUCUUGCAAGACAGACGGGAUUCGUGGUCUCAAAUCAGCAUCGCAAAUUUUCGGAGACAUACCUUUUCGAUAUGGGGAGGGGGGAUUUUUCCGCACAAUAAUCAAAAACCUUCGUGGGGUUCGUCCUCCUCUUUCUGCUUCUGGUCGCGGGCGUGGCCAACAGCCGCUUUUCCCUAAUUGGCCUACACGUCGCGGACAUCGGCAGUCUAGGUGGACCUGGGGGCCCCGCGGAUAGCAGGACCUGGCUCUCCAACGCGGCCCAUACACUUUUACUUGGCGAACAAGCUGCUCUUCCAGGCGCGGAUCAUGCAGCGUCGAGUACGUCCUUCGGCUCCGGUGCGGUAGUUGCCCACCAUCUUCUAUCCUACAGGGAAAAAAUUGGCAAGGCAUAUUUGCGAAUGCAAAAACGAGAUCAAAGAAGCAGGAAAUUGAUGAAAAUCCGUCAUGGGCGGUGAUCCCAUAGCAUGCCGUGUGAGUUGUAGACAUGCACGAGUGAGAAUGAGAUCUUUUCCUCGUGUAUUCGUUUAUUUCGCAUUACUGCCAGCUUUCUUCUGGGUGAUAUCUUCCAACGGUGAAGGCGCUCGCGUCUUCCGGCGCGACCAACGACCAGAGAUUCCGCAGAAAAAAGCAGACCGCGAGCGUGCAGCAGCAGGUCAGUGACGAAUUCCGGGGGUUGUCGGUGUCUAUCAUCAUUCCCGCAAAGUACGAGAAAGAGUACAUCGUUCGCACGCUCAUGUACGUGUAUCAGAUCACGCCGUUUGCGCUGCUAGAGGAGGUAAUCGUGGUGGACGACCAAAGCGACGACUCCCUUGUCGACGAUCUGGUCGAGAAGGCCGUGGUAUCGCCGACUGGGGAGCUCAACUUCCUGGUGAGAGGAUGGUGUUUUUUUCCUAGAGCUAGAUUUACUUGCACAUCUACAUCAGAUAAUGUGGGUAGUGUAAGAAAAAUAUACGAAAUUUUGACAAAAAUCUACAGACCGACGAACAGCUAUGCAAGUGCUGCACAACACCACCUUCCCCACAAUUCAAGGGCGUGAGCAGCAACAGGCGCCAUGCUGGAAAUGUACUAGCUUUCGCAUGACAAACUAACGCACGGACUGUAGUAGUACUGUUUCGGGCUCUAAAACUUGUUUAUGCGAAUGCCAAAUAGUGCCUACUCGUACAAUGUGUAUGCAAGUUAAGAUUUCGACGUGUCAUUUUCCGUCACGAAUACGAAUGAGGAAGCCGGGGGAGUUGUGCGCUCUCACAACAGCGAAGGAGCAUCAAGGUGAUGCGGAACGAUCUACCAAACUCAAAAGUGCCCCGCCGCCCCCAGAAGACAGAGCUUGGAAGUAAUUUGCUUACCCUGGAACCGAACCCUUCCAUGCGUUGGAACUUCUUCAUCUCAUGCAUGUGCAGUUGCUUGAGAAUGCAACGCAUUCUGAAAACAAUCCCCGAGGCGGAGUUUACAUAGCUUUGUGGAAAUAAUUUCGCAGAACUGGCGUUGCGCAGCUUCUCGCUGUCCUAAUUCAGUGCCCAUACGAAAGUUCUUUUUCGAUUUCUAUAUAUGCAAUUGUCGAAGCUGAAACUUCAUCUUCGUCUUUCUGGGGUACUAGCAUGGGUAGUUCUCACUUUGAUACGACCACCGGCAGGGCUUAAUCCGUGCGAAGAUCAUGGGUGCCAACGCCGCGGUCGGAAGCCACAUUUUUUUUCUGGACGGUCAUUGCCGACCCUUUGAGGGGUGGCUCGAGCCCUUGCUCCGAAGGUCGCUCGGGAACUACAAAAGAAUUGUGGUGCCAACGAUUCCCGACGUAGAGGCGAAGGACUAUGGAAUUCUCAAACGUUGCAUGGACCUCGGUUGCAUAUAUUUUUGCUUGAUCUAUUGUUAUUUGCAGAUGAUAAAAAAUUCUGCGUAUCAGGUGGCAUAGUUCAGGUAGGCGGUUUCUUUCCAUGAGGAAAUUACGACGCGCUUCUCACUAGUCAUUGAAAUCCGUAAGUCCCAGUAUUGCAUGCUUAUGCAAGAAGCGCAAGCUGGUCCUCUCUUCUAUUGCUCUUCCUCAUAUGCUAUUCUUGUAGCAGCACAGAGAGAUGAUGUUGAUCUACCUCUCCAGCAAAAGAUCACGUAAACAGCGAUCCAAACAGCGUGUGGGAAUGCCAUAAGGACUGGUCCAAGAAGUCGAAUGUCGGAAUCAAGAUGAUGUUCGAGUGGAACUUCCAUUUCGACUGGUUUGACGACCCGGGAGACGAAGUGCCAAUACUGAGUGGGGGGCUACUGCUGAUGACAAAAAAAUGGUGGAACGAGAUGGGCGGGUAAGUUAGUAGAAAAUCGGAAGAACUUCUUGUUUGUUCACAGUGCAUACGCAUUUGUUAUUCUUGUUGUUCGCAAAGGUACACUGUGUCUGUGGGUAAUAUGGCCACUUUCCUGUUGCAGUUCUCUUUUCAUCAUCUUGGCGGUCCGCGGCACCGGUACUUUGAAUACCUCUUCUGUAUUGUCUUGCCUGGCUUGCGUGGACAAAGAGGCGAUUUUCGUCGCUUGCUUUCUUCUGUUUCUUCAUUCAUCUCUUUGCGAGAUUUAAUAUGGCCAGGACAACUGAAUCUGAACCUGAAGAGAUACCAAGGCGCUGUCAGGUCUGAAUAGAGAGUGGGUUUUCAGCGAGGUUUUCUUGCUUUGGUGAUUGAGUACGCACUGUGCCAGGACGAGAAACGUAAGGAGGUCGUCCUCGGACCUGCCUAUUACCACAAGGUGCAACCCCUACAUACAAAUUUCAGUGUUUUUUCCUUGCAUCUUGACGCUGCUUUUGAAUAAUCUUGAUUCGGCGCAAAUAGGUAUGACGACGGCAUGCUGGAGUGGGGCGGCGAAAAUAUUGAGCAGUCCCUUCGCUGCUGGAUGUGCGGCGGGGAGAUCGUCGUAGAACGUCACAGCCAAGUAUCCAGUGCAAAUCUCCUCGAUUUAUUGGGUCUGGAAAGUUGUGAUGCUGCGUUGUCAUCAAUGCUUGCAGCACUCGCAGUAAGAAAACGCUACCAGUGCCAGGCAUGUGACAAUGCAGGUGCUAGUCCCGCUCCUGUUCGUCAUGUACAUAUUACAGGAUUUAGGAGGACGAGGAUGUAAGCCAAGCUAGGUUAUUUACGUGAAAUUGCACUUUGGUUUUCAUCCGAUCGAGAUCGAUAUUUGCAAUGCAUCCAAAGUGGGACACAUCUUUUUUCGCCCGCAGCCCCCAAACAAGGUGAAACCGCUGACCGUCCCGCGGAAUAAGGCACGAGGGGCCUACGUUGUAUCGCGAAAAAAAAGACCACGACAAUUUUGACAUGAGAAAUAUUUCGCCUGUCUGCACAGACAGUUUCUUUGGGUCCACUCACACAGUUUUUAUUCUGCAGACUAGCUGCAUUCCUCGUGCGUACUAUUAUGAUGGUCCGCGUACGGCAAGGCGACACACAUGCAGAACAAGUCACGUCGCGAUAUUAAACAUACAUGAAUAUGAUCUUACCGUAUGAUUUUCGUGGUGCUUUUUUCUUGGAUGUGGGUGGCUCGACAACUACUACCAGGUGUUCGCAGACCGAAUGCCGGACGUGAAAAACAAACUAGAUCUGGGUUCCAACCUGCUGGAGCGGAUGCUCUUCCGCUUCAAUUACGGGUGCGAGAAGUUCCAGUGGUGGCUUCGCCGGUUUGAGAGCGUGUUCGAAACCCAGGGGCUCAUCGUGGACAAGCAGCACCACCUACGCCACACCGCCACUGGCUACUGCAUGGAGGGGACGGACAAGGGCAAAAUCGUCUUCGACGUGUGCUCGCCCGAAAAGGACACGCAGAAGUGGGGCUUCAUCAACCAGCGCAAGCGGCUCGUCAAUGCCAAGUUUAAGCGGUGCGUGGACCGCGGCAAUAACCCCGGCGCCGUGACCCCCAUCCUGUACAACUGCGACCGUGUAUUGUCCAACCGAAACCAAAUAUGGCAGUUCACCAAUCACCACGACCCGCCCUCGCAAAAGGACCGGAACUUUCACGACGAUAAAGCCUUCGCGGGCCGCCUGUACAGCAACAACGAUUUGGACUCAGCAACAUUUAACUACGGAAAGUGUCUCGGCGUGGGUAUGAACAGUAUGGUGGAGAAAAAGGUAGACGAUGUUGACUCCUCGAAAAGUAAUAAAGCCGGCGCAGGUUCUCCCCCAAUCCUGAAUAUGUUCAACUGCGGCCAAAGUCUGGACGACGACCUGAAGAAAUUCCAGUUUGACGUUAUCUGGUGAGGACCACAUAAUCCACAGUACAGCACCUACGGAAGACGCGUCAACUACAUGAAGAGCCUGCGAACAAUAAAUCAAAUUGGGUCUCAACAUCUUCUCCCCUGUCGCGGCGCGCAUGUCUACGAGCAUGGUCGUGGAUCCGCGGAGCAUCUCGUACUGAUAAGGCGCCUGAUGUUGCACAGCAUAUGAUGGAAGAUUUGUGAAGAAGCACAGCACCGGGAGCUGCUAUAAAAUGCAGAGGAAUUUUUACAGUCCGGAAGUCCCUCAUGAUCGUGCGCCACAUACUUAAAAUCAUCGAUCCGCAUAAAUAUACAAUUCAAUCACAAUCCUCGCGCAACUACUAAACCUUACCAAAGCUGCUUCUAGGGCAGCCCGUUCAAACAAGCUUUUUUUGCGCCCCGCACUUGUUUAACUCAUGAUCUAGGG